AAUUCACACAAUUCGCACAAUUCGCACAAUUCGCACAAUUCGCACAAUUCGCACAAUUCGCACAAUUCGCACAAUUCACACAAUUCACACAAUUCACACAAUAAUAGUCAUAUUUCAGGUCUAUCACAGAAUCAUAGAUCAUCAUCAUCAUCAACAACAUCGUCGACGACUACUACUACUACUACUACAAUUACUUCUAGAUGGUCUCGAGAUCCAAGAGGACGUGCAGAAACACUAUCAAGACCUAUAAUGCCAAAUCCAACUUUCCAGCGUCGUAUGGUCCAUCAAAGAAAUAGCAAUAACAAUAGUAAUAAUCCAAAUUUUAGCGGUUCUAUGCAAGAAACUGUUAGAGUUUUUGCAAGUGAUGAGGAACCUGACGCUACAAUUGAGGUACCAGAAAGUUCAGAUAGCGAAGUAAAUGUAACAACGUCUAUUCCCGCAGCUCGUAUCCCUUGGAGACCUACUAGACGUCAUGAAUCACGACAAGAUAAUAAUAAUACGCGCGAUUCUCAUCGUUCUUUUAAUUCUCGAGCAGCGCUAGCAGCAAUAGCAGCAAGAAGUAGUGCUUCAAAUGAUAGUCCAUUAACCGAUGAGCAGAUGGCAAGAAGAAUGCAAGCAUAUGAGUACAGCACUAUCGAUGAACAUCAAACUGUUUUAGCCAGACUUCUUGCUGGUGCCGGUCGAGCUCGUACUACUACAAAUCGUCGAGAUGCAACUUCGGGUCCGUCAUCAUCAUCACGAAGUGAUUCUUCCAGGAGGAGUAUAUCAGCGCGUGGACCAGUUAGAUUGCCAGAAAUCCUAUCUCAUGAGCGUCAUCAUCAUGAGGAACGCAGCAAUGAACCUCGAAACCGUGGACAUGGUUCACGUGGCGGUCAAUCUAGAAAUGGUGGAAGAUCGAGUAGUAGUUAUUUACAUCAUUUUAUUCCACAUCCUUUAUGGGGGAAUCUUAUUGACUCGGGCGAGAUAGAGUUUGAUGAAAUUUUGGAAUUAAUUCCCUGGGGUAAUGGCAUCGCAGCCAAUCCAGAUAAUUAUUUGGAUGAAGAUGAAUUUGACUCAAGCUACGAAGGUUUGCUUCGAUUAUGUGAACGUAUAGGAGAUGCAAAGCCUAAAGGUGUUCCAGAAGAUGUCAUAAAAACCCUACCGACGCAAACGUAUAUACCGGGAAAGAGCAGGACUGUUGAAGAAAGGUGUACAAUAUGUUUGACAAAUUAUGAAACCAAUGAAAGGCUUAGAGAUUUGCCUUGUUCGCAUGAUUUUCAUCAAGACUGUAUUGAUACGUGGUUUAAAAAUUCUGACAAAUGUCCAAUUUGUCGGCGUAGUAUAAUAGAAAAUUAAGACAUUAGAGAAACAAUGACUGUCUUUUAGAGCAUUAUUUCUCUUUAAUUUAAUAUUAUUUUUGGAAGUGAUUAUGAUAGUUUUUUUGUUAUUGGGAUUUUGAAUUUUUAUUAGGUUUAUUAUGUUUAGUUAAAAAUUAUUUUUCCAAGUAAAAGGAAAAAUGGCUUUGUAAAAUUUGUAUAGAAUAACAUUUUUUUUUUCAUGCUUUUACACAUCUAUUUUUUCCUUUUUACACCCUUAUUUCCUUUUACUUUAAUUAGUAUUGGGAAAGAAAAAAUCAAAAAAAAUUCAAUAAAUUUACAUUACCCCUUUCUAUAUAACUAAAUAUGUGAUUAAUUAAGUUAUUUUAGGAACAAUCUAGUUGUAUUAAGGAUUAUUAUUAUGUAAAUUAGAGUACUAAGAAUUUGUCAUUGUUUAUUUGAAUUG